AUGGUGGCCACGCUGAAGACGCUCGCGUUCUUGUUGCUGUGCUUCCUCUACAAUGAAGCUGCAGGAAGUUCUUAUGAGCAAUGCAAGGUCUCUGAUCUAGCUGUCAACCAGACCGCCAUUGCGCACCGCGACAGCGGGUACACAGAGUACGCGGUGAGAGUGGAGAACAGGUGCAUCUGCUCGCAGGGCUACGUGAAGCUGGCGUGCCAGGGGUUCAACUCCUCGGUGCGCAUCUACCCAGCUGGAAUCCUCCGGCCUGACGGGGAGGGAAAUUGCACCCUCAACGGCGGAUACUCCAUCAGCCAAGGCCCUGAAUACGCCGUGAAGUUCUACUAUGGGUGGCAUUCGCAGUUCAGCCUUGCGCCCGUGUCGUCUAUCAUCGCCUGCUCAUAA